CUUUCUUUCCCUCUUUUAGACGGUUUCUUGCUCUUCAUUCUGCACUGGGCUCGAUCUGCUCUGUUUUACGGAGGGGGAAGUGCUCUGUUUUCUUGCACCCGACUUUUACUUUUCUGUGAAUCAGUAUUUUUUUGUGUUUCGCAACCCAUUAUGGGUCCAGCAUUGAUUCUAUGACCGAGGCCCAUUGUCCACUGAGACCCUUUUGCAUGAGCCUACUUUGAUGGGUUGCUUCCAGUCGAAGACGAAUAAAGACACACCCGGUUACGAAGAGCCCAUUAUUCUUGCCGCUGAAACACCUUUUACUGUAAGUGAAGUAGAGGCAUUGUAUCAGCUCUUCAAGAAGCUAAGCAGUUCGAUAAUUGAUGAUGGUCUGAUCCACAAGGAAGAGUUUCAGUUUGCACUCUUCAGGAACAGAAACAAAAGGAAUCUUUUUGCAGACAGGGUGUUUGAUUUAUUUGAUGUCAAGCGCAAUGGCGUAAUUGAGUUUGGAGAGUUUGUUCGAUCUCUUGGUGUUUUCCAUCCAGAUGCACCAGUUGAAGACAAGAUUUCUUUUGCUUUCAGAUUAUAUGAUCUCAGACAAACCGGCUUCAUCGAGCGAGAAGAGCUGAAGGAGAUGGUUUUAGCACUUCUGCAUGAAUCAAACCUGAUGCUAUCGGAUGAGGAAGUGGAAAUAAUCGUAGAUAAGACGUUUGAAGACGCCGACUCGAAAAGCGACGGUAGAAUAGACACAGAAGAGUGGAAGCAAUUUGUGAAGAAGAAUCCAUCUCUUAUAAAGAACAUGACAUUACCAUACUUAAAAGAUAUAACGUUGGCGUUUCCUAGCUUUAUACUAAGUUCUGAAGUUGAAGAUUCAGAUGUAUAGCCCUUACAUCAGCCCCACACCGAGACGGUAAUGUUUAUGGCUAGUUUCCAUCAUCAGCACGCAGCACUCCUGGAUCGAAAGCAGUUAGCGGAGAUGACAAGAGUGCACAGCAAGAACUUGCAGUUUUGCUGUGUUCAUGGUGCAAAUGCCUCUAUUAUGAUUCAAGGUUGGGGUUGAAAGAGGGGCAAUACCAGUGUGUAAUUGUAAAUAUAGCAUGUUUUCUGGGGGAUAUUAGUGUUAUGUUCCACUUCCAGUUAUGGCAAUUUUGUUGUAUAGUAGCUGUGCCGAUCGUAUGAUAUUCCCUGAGUUGCUAAUGCUAUAUAUUUGUAGGUUUGCUGCU